AGGAUAUCCUCUUGGCCACCCUGAAGCUCCAUCUUACAAAGCUGAUCUUCUUUAUCUCAAAUCUAAGGUUGAUGCUGGCGCACAAUUUAUCAUUACUCAGCUGUUCUUCGAAGCUGAAGUAGGUUCUGAAUUUCGCAUGCAUCAAGAUCAGGGUUCUUACUGGGUUUUCGAGCAAUUUGUACGCGAUUGUCGCGAGAUGGGAAUUACGGUUCCUAUCAUUCCUGGAAUCAUGCCCAUCAUGAUUAUGAACUCUUUUGUCACUAAGGGUUACGACUCUAUUCGGCGGAUAGCAAAGCUUUCGCAAUUGACCAUUCCCGAGAAGGUACUUAUGGACCUGGAGCCUAUCAAACAUGAUGAUGAUGCGGUAAUGAAGUAUGGAACAGUCAAGGUCUGUCUAGUCUGCUUUCGAAGGCCCUGGCCAUACUUCGCUCAAAAGCGCCCAAAAGCGCUCAAUAGCGCCAAGUUUGAUAAUGCCUCCGCGGAAGGGGCGUUUCGGCGCUUUUGAGC